UAUCGUCCGCGCUGCGAUCAAGUGAUCCCUGCCCUUCGCUCCCCCUCCCCCCUCUCCCUUCAAUUCGAACAAAGACAAUAUGUGUAUCUCCUGGAUCUAAUUCAUCCUUCUUUUGACCUGAAUUUUCUCUCACAACUCUCUUCUCUCUUUCUAUGGUUAUCUAAAGUGUUCGAAAUUCCAACCAUGACUUCUCAACUCGAGAUAUUCGUCAGAGCUCUCUCUCGCCUUCUGGGCUGGAUCUACACGCUUUGCUGGUCCGCGUCAUUCUAUCCCCAACCGCUCAACAACUUCCGGCGACGCUCAACCACCGGUCUAGCCAUAGACUUUCCUACGAUCAAUGUUCUAGGUUUCGUCUGCUAUACGAUCUAUACUUCUGCGUUCCUUUGGUCUCCUGUUAUUCGUGAACAAUAUGCCGCCCGCCAUCCUCUCGCACAAGACGCUACGGUGCGCUUUAAUGACUUCGCUUUCGCCAUUCAUGCUGUCGUUCUCAGCGUCAUCUAUUACUCCCAGUUCUGGCCCUUUAUCUGGGGCUUCAAGGUCUCUCGGUAUCAACGGGUUAGCAAACCGGUCGCUGGUCUUUUUUGGGGCUCGAUCGUCGGCGUGGGCGCUGUCGUGGUGAUUGUUCUUGCCAAUAGUCCCAAUGGGGGACUCGAUCCUUUCUCGUGGGCUUGGAUCGAUGUUAUCUACGCCCUCUCAUAUGUGAAACUGAUCAUCACCAUCGUGAAAUACGUACCUCAGGCAUGGGUGAACUAUAAGCGCAAGUCCACCUAUGGCUGGAGUAUCGAAGGAAUCCUCUUCGACUUCUCUGGCGGUAUUCUGUCUCUUGCGCAACUGAUUAUGGAUUCGAGUUUCCAGGGCGAUUGGAGCGGCAUCACCGGAAACCCCGCCAAGUUCCUUUUAUCGAACGUGACCAUUUUCUUUGACGUCAUUUUCAUCGUGCAGCACUACAUCCUUUACAAGGAUGCAGAGGAUGAUAAGGAUAAAGGACAGGGUGCAAACGAUAGAACGCCGCUUUUGUCGCAAGCCAACGAUCUGCCGUGAGCAGUUGGUGUCAGCGUAUUGGAUGCGCAAGUCGGAUACAUCGCGAUUUGCUUUUUUGUUUGGAGCUUUUUUGGUGGCGGGUCCCUGCUUACCUUGGUUGCAAUUUUCUCUGUCCGUUUGUCGUGCCUCAAGUUUCGCGAAACGAUAAGAUCCCAACCGAGGCUCGGGAUUUCUUGGAAUAUGUAUGAGACGCUUGAAUCUCUGCCGAAUAUAUGACGGAGAAGCCGUUUAAUUGUGAGAUGGGUGGUUGAGAGCAUUUUCGACGUCUGAAGGUGGUCCAGAGAUGACUCAACCACCGGUGCUCCAUGAUUGAUAGAAUAUAUUUUUGGAAUAAUGUCUUGCACCAGGUUACGGCACAUACCAUAAUUUGGAUGUAACAUGA